GAGAUUAGCUGCUGCCAGCAGCAGCAAACCCAGCAGCAGCAGCAGCAGAAGGAGACGCCGCCGCGGCUGCACAGCCAACAGCAGCAGCGGCAACUUCAGCAGCAAACGCCGCAGCAGAGCGGCGGGCAGCCGGAGGGCGCCGCGAAGCAGUCCGCGCCCCGCUCCAGCUCCUACGCAUCAGCAGCAGCAGCAGCAGCAGCAGCAGGAGACUCCUCGUCUCCUCCAGAAACAGAAGCAAAAGGAGACAAAACAGAUUUCUUUUCUUUUUCUGUUCGCUCAACUCCCCCGCUGCUGCCUGUGCCCCCCCCCCCCUACGGCGGCAGCAGCAGCAGCAGCAGCAGCAGCAGCAGGAGAAAGAAGAAGCGGAAGGGCAAGCACAAGCCCUACGGCGACCCUGCAGCAGCAGCAGCAGCAAAGCCAGCAGCAGCACGGCCAGCAGCAGCACGGCCAGCAGCAGCAAGGCCAGCAGCAACUGCUGAAGAGGAAACAGAGCCAGAAGAUGAAGUCGACUCCCCUGCUAAUGCAGCAGCAGCAGCAACAGCAGCAGGAUCUUCCGGGGAAGCAGCAGGAAAGCCGCCAGCAGCAGCAGCAGCAGGAAAGCCGCCAGCAGCAGCAGCAGGAAGGCUGGCGUCAGCAGUGAAGGCUCCGGCAGCAGCUCGGCUAGCAGCAGCAGCAGCAGCAGCAGCAGCUCUUGGCGAAGCAGCAGCGGGACGGAGUUCCCCAGCAGCAGGAAGUCGGGGUGGCGCUGCAGCUGAAGCAGCGAAGGCUGGUAAGGGCGAAGCAGCAGCAGCAGCAGCAGCAGCAGAGUUAUCUCAAGCCAUGGCGAGCUUCUCGGAGCUCACCUUGUCCCCUCCGGGAGACAAAGCAGCAGCAAGUCCCAAGUCCGUGCCCAAGACAAGCAGCCUGUCGGGAGCAGCAGCACGUCGUGCUGCAUCUCCCACAGCAGCAGCGCCGUCUGCUGCUGCUGCUGCUGCCAUGGCCGCCGCGGCUGCAGCAGCAGGAGCAGCAGGAAAAACAACAGCAGAUCCCCUCCGCGGGGAGCCCCACUUCCCGGGGGCCCUCCAAGGGGCCCCCCUCUCAGAGAGCCCCCUGGCCAGGGGCCCCCAGACGGGGGGCCCCCGGAAGAGGGGCCCCCCAGACAGUAGCUCCCCGGCGGGGGUCCCCGUGAUCAAGGGCCAACUGACCGGUGGCCCCUCGAUGGAGGGGGGCCCCUUGAACAAGGGGGCCCUGGCUGGGGGCCCCCUGAAGAAGGGACCAAUGGAUGGGGGCCCCCUGAACAAGGGGCCCCCGGGUGGGGGCCCACUUAACAAGGGGCCCCUGGCCGGGGGCCCCCUGAAAAAGGGGCCCCUGAGUGGGGGUCCCCUAAACAAGGGGCCCCUGAGCGGGGGCCCCCUUCUCGGGAGCCCCCUGACGAGGGCCAUCAUGGGUGGGGGCCUCUUGAACAAGGGGCCCCUGGCUGGGGGCCCCCUGGCAGGGGCCCCCCCGGACACAAACGCUCCCCCCCCCGACCCCUUCACACUCCCGCUCCCAGACCCUUUCGCCGUCCACCUCAUGAGGCGCCAGCGCAACCUGCUGCAGCAGCAGAAGCAGCAGGAGAGGCGGCAGCAGGAGCAGAUGGCCCAGCAGCAGCAGGAGCUCACCCAGCAGCUCGCCGAAGAGCAGCAGCACCAGCAGGCCGUGCAGCAGCAGCAGAAGCAGCUGCUGCUCCAGCUGAAGCACCGGCAGGAGCAGCUGCAGGUCAUGCAGCAGCACCUCGGCAGAAAUGCCGAAGUGCUGCAGCAAGGCCUCCUGGGGGAAGUCAAGCAGCAGCAAAUGCAGUGGCUCGAAGAGCAGCUGGAAGAGCAGCAGCAGCAGCUGGAGCAGCUGGAGAAGUGGCUGCUGCAGCAGAGAGAGCCCAUCUCACACGACCAGCAGCAGCAGCUUGGCCGCCACAUGCGCUCAGUCAAAUUCAAACUGCAGCAGCAGCAGCAUCAGCUGCUGCUGCAGGAGUCCAUGCUGCAGCAGCAAGUGGACAGGCAGCAGCAGCACCUGGAACUCAUGGCGUUCCAUAUGAUGCAGCAGCAAGACCUGCUGCGACAGCAAGGCUUGCUGCAGCAGCAAGGCUUGCUGCAGCAGCAAGGUCUGCUCCAGCAGCAAGGUUUGCUGCAGCAGCAAGGCUUGCUGCAGCAGCAAGACCUACCGGCCCCCCCCCGCCGGGGCCCCCCCCGCCGGGGGACCCCUGAACAAGGGACCCCUGGGUGGGGCCCCCCUGGCAGGGGCCCCCUCGGGUGA